GAAGAUUUAACCAGUUGAAUACAGUUUGUGCAUACUAAUAGAUGGAUUUGUAAAAUGAUUGUUGGCACGAUCAUUCUAUUGUUUUGCUGUGUAACAACAAUUGAUUGCUGCAUGCCUUUCACCUACGGUUCCUGGCAUGAAUGGACAAGUUGUACCCGAUCAUGCGCCGGUGGCACACGUAAACGUGUCAGAUAUUCAUGUGUGAGAAGCGAUGAAGAUUGGCAGGAUGAGAAAUGCAAUCAAUUUUGUUACAACGGUGGCAAGAAUCUUUGGUUAGGUUACUGUCAAUGCAGCAACUGGAGAUCUGGACCUUGUUGUCAAGAUUGUAAGAAAAUUGAUUUACCACAUUGCAAAAGUGGACGACAGGAGUGUGGGGGAUACCCUGAUAAUGUGAAGUGCAGCGAGUGUGAUAAACCUUAUUAUGCUGCUGGAUGGGGGAAUGGUUGCCUUGUAUGUCCCACAAUAGCACAGUGUACAGACCGGCAUUGCACAAACAGAGAUAAUACCCGGUGUGAAUCGUGUACUUACAACGGUAUUCUCUUCAAACCUACGCCUGACAAGACUGGAUGUGAAAGGGUGUGCGCAUGGGACAAGCAAAAUUGCUGGCCCGGUGAAUGUGGCGAUGGACUAACUCGAAAUUGCAUCUGUGCUCAGGGCUUUCAUAAGUAUUCUGGCCCUGGAGAAACAUCAUGUCAGCUUGAUGAGACGAAUACGCCUUCAAUAACCAAGUGUUUCACAACUAUAUUUAAAACUGGUGGCAAAGGAAAACAAACGCAUGAGUCCAAAUGUGCAGAUGUCAAAGAUUUUUAUGGAAAUUUUCAGCCACAACAACUCCGUUAUGAUUUGACUGCACACUUUCGAAUCGACUUAAAAAAUAUAACAACUAUAACUAAACCGUUCAUCAAGCAGACUAAAUUUGGCGUCACUGAUGUCACAAUAUCAGUUUUAAAAGAACAAAUCACAGGUACAAGACAGAAAGUGGUCGGAAAGGAAAUUUUGACUGACAAAUCAUUUGGUAUGGACGCUAUUGAUACGUUCUUCCAGAAUGACACAUUGAGUUUUAACGUUAUAUUACAAGAUGGCGAAAGAUUAUGUACGAAGUAUGAGGCCAAUGGUGGUGGAUACCUUAAAACAGUUGACAUCCGGAGUGUUCACAUAGUAAAAGGUCCUUAUUCGUACAGAAAAACAAAAAGUAGUCAAACGGUAUGUUAUAGGUAUGAUGAUUCGAGUCCUCGGCAUUGUUCACUUACAGGAAAUUGUUCUGCCAUGCACAUUAAACCACUUGAAAUUUCAAACAUCAUUACACGGUCUAGAAAUAUAACUGUUGACUUCCUAGGAUGGAUAGAUCCAAUACCUCUACAUGGGAAACCCGAUCAUGCAUCAGGAGUUGAAUCAUAUCUUAUAACGGUUCAUGAAGUUGUAGACGGGUUACCCGAUCGCUCUCAUAUAAUGCGCAAGAUGUUGAAUGUUUCUCAAACGGGAACGUUACUUACACUGCCAUCAAAUUCUCCAAGGCUUUAUUGUAUCAAAUUAGAAGUAAAAGAUGUAGCUGAAAAUAUUCAACAAGCAAGGCGAUUUGUUCUUUAUGAUAAUAAUUCAACUAUAUCUGUGAAUUCAGUUACUGGUUCCUUCAAAGUAAAUUCAGCAAUUGAGAAAAAUAAACGUGCAUGGCAAACAAACCACGAAAAAAUAUGUCUGAACUGGAAUUCGUAUUUUGUUAAUACUGAAUACAAUAAGAGUGUGUUAGGACCAAUUAAACGAGAUAGCCUUAUUUCAAAUCAUUACGAUCAAACGACUGGCCAGUUGCCAAUAUCAGGAACACAAAAUGUAUUUGGCAUUGUUAAAUACUGGUUUUCAUCGAAUUUAGAUAACGGAACGCAAUCAGAAGAAAUUUUGGUACCGAACUUUACUAAUCAAACAUUUUGUCAGAGUUUUAACUUGAAAGAUGGACAGACAUACGCUCUGAGAAUAAGAGCGGUUGAUAUACUUAACAAUACCUUCAGUGAUAGCAGAAUUGUUCAUAUUGACAGAACACCACCCCAUAUUCAUGAUAUUGGUCUUCUGAAAAAUGGAAAUUUGCGCCUGUUUGUCCAUGAUCAAACUGAUUUGUCAUAUAUGAAACUAGCCUUUGCAGCAUUAGAUCCUCACAGUGGACUGUUGAACAUUGAAUGGUGGUUUGGCGUGUCUGAUUUUGGCGCACAUUUAGGUCACGGUACCUUAAAACCAAACAAGAAGGAUGGUUGUCCGUUGCGAUUGCGAGAAUGCUAUUGUCCGGAUGUUGGAGAAUGUGAGAUGUACAAUUACACCUUUUCCAUGAACACGCUUAUAAACAGCAGCACAAACGUUGGCAAUCAUAACCGGAACUACUUUUUUACCGUGAAAGUUACAAACAACGCCGGUCUUUCCAACAUAGAACAUUUAGAUAUACUUGUUGAUGAUUCUGCUCCCGAGAAAGGAGUUAUAUAUGAAGGUGCAGCUGGCAAUCCUGAUAUAGAUUAUACAAGUGAUACGAGUUUUAUUGUGCGAUGGCACGGCUUUAUUGAUCAUGAGAGUGGCAUCAAAGAAUACAGAGUUGGUCUUUCGGAUGCAUGCGUAGAAAAGGACGAACUUGAAAAUUUUGAUUUGAGAUCAAAUAUCACACAGUACAAUAUUAUUCCUUUCACUGAGGCUUCUAUAAGAUUAAAGGCCAAUUUCACUGGGAAGAAAUAUGUAAAUAUCAUUGCGAUUAAUAACGCCAUGGAAGCGUCAGGUGUUGCUUGUUCAGAUGGUAUAACAAGAGAUAACACGUCACCAGAAUUGCAAAAUGUACGGCUUAAAUAUGGCAAAUGGUCAGAGUCUUUAUUUUGUACAAUGGGCAAUGCCUGGCUCUUUAAAUCAGAUCUGACGAAAAUGAGUUUACCAAAUACCACUUUAUGCAACCUGCGAUGUAAGAAAGAUCAUAUAGGGUUAGAUAUAUUCAAUGCGCUUCCUAUAAGUGAAACAUACAACAAUGACAAGAGUGUCGCUGAAUUUAUGUGCAAAAGGCUUCCAAUGUACGAUGCCAACAACGUGAUCUUUCUCCCUGAUGACCAUCUUUACAUUUCUUGGGAUGUAAAUGAGACUGGUAGUCAAAUUGAAGAUUAUUAUGUCGGUUUUGGCCUUGCAAACGGCAACAUAACUUUAGCAUCUAUUAUGGAUUAUAAAUCCACCAACGGAAGGAGUUAUUUUAAAAUGAGACACAUCGGUGUCGGAACUGGUAUUUUAUUUUACGUAUAUAUCAAAACUGUGAACAAAGCAAAGAUUGAACAAAUCACAGAAAUAGGUCCUAUACUUAUUGAUGAAACACCUCCAAUUUUUAGUAAAAAGCCAACCAUUCGCAUUGGUACUGAUGCGGUAACGAUUGGUUGGGACAGAAAUACUGUUUACGAUCUUGAGCAAAGCAGUCCAAUCAAUCAGAUGUUUUUUCAAAUAGUUCACGACGCUUAUGUUGAAUCUCCUAUUAUGGAAUGGCGGUUUGAUGAGAAGAAUUCCUGUUCAAAUUUUACCGGAGGGUGUAUCACUUAUCCAUUAAAAAGGCUGCAACAGAUUGACACAGACCAAGGAUCAAAUUUUUCAAUUAAGGUUUUUGCAUAUAACGACGCUGGGCACUUUGCAACAGAAAUAACAGAACCAUUUAAGAUUCCUUCACAAUAUCCACCCGGCCACGCGAUAGUUAAAGAUGUUGACCCUUUUGGUCAUACGAAAACGCAUAUAAUGGAUGUGGAUGUUCAUUUUACUGCAAAUAAACUUUGUACUGAAUGGAGUGGCUUUGCACACCACGAACAUGUUGCCAUAGAAAUCGGUGUAGGAACAAAUAACGUGACUGCAAAUGUUAUCCCAUAUCAGGCCACAAAUGGUUCAAAUGUUGCAUGCAUUCAAUCUAGGGCAAUUGUCUUCAAUAUAAAGUACUUUAUUCUAUUGAGAGCUACUUGCUCUGGCGGAGAAACUAUUUCUAGCUCAAAUGGAGUCACCAUUUUAAAUGAAACAAAUUUAACGGAAAAUUUUAAAAUUUGCAUUUGGGCAGAUUCAUUCAAUACGGAAUGGAUUAAACAAUUACCACAAAAUUCAUCGCAAGUAAACUUCUGUGCUUCCAGAAAUCUCGAGCUUGGCCAAAGAUCCACUCUUAUUAUAAAUGGCGUGAAUAGAAAUACUUCCGUAAAAGAGAAUCAAUAUCUGUAUAUAGACGGCAUUGAAUAUUUCAAUAGCAGCAUGAAAGUGGACACUAUUAUUGUAUCAGUCGAAGAGAAGCCAUGCAUAACAAUUUAUAAUGAGAUGUUUCGAAAUAUAUCUGUCGAAACGUAUCACAAUUCCGCUGAUUGGAAAAGGUUUAUUAAAGGAACAAAUACAUUUCCCGUUUCAUGGAACUCCCACGAAAACAAUUCUAUUCUCCGCCAUUUAAGAUAUAAAAUAGCUUUAAGCAAACUAAGUGACGCUUUGCAGAACACACAAACAUACAAAGUUAUUACGGAUUGGACAAAUGCAGAUAGAAACUCAUCUCAUGUCAUUCAUACUCAUUCACUUUCCCAGAGUAGUGAAUACGCCAUACUUAUAAAGAUAUGUACCUCAAAUAGAUGUAUCGGCCAAAUUGUUUCCAAGACAUUUAAAAUAGAACAGUCAAUAGAAGCCGGACGAAUAAGGUCAUUUAACCUGGAGCUGAGCAAUAAAAAAUCGUGUAUUGGUAUUAAUCUUGAGUGGGAAAUGUUCCGAGCAAAGAGUAAUAUUUCAGUGUAUCAGUGGUCAAUUAGCAAAGAUAAAGAAGCAAAUGAUGUUCUGGCGAUAUGGAGAACUGUAUCUAACAACGAAGAUUCGGUUUACAAGGUAUCUAUGUGUAUAGAAGUACCCGUUCUCAGGCAUUCUACAUUAUACCUAUGUGUAAGAGCAUUUUCUACAGCUGGGAACACCAAAACAAUCUGUCAGACAGCUUCAGUUGUUGUGGAAGCUGAAUUCGAUACAAAUACUUUAUAUGACAUAGAUUCAUCAUUGCCGUCAUGGAAAAUAAUCAAAGAGAUGAUACAUAGUUCAAACAUAGGAAGCAAUUAUGCAGUAUUGCACAAUUCAGAAAUGGACUUUGGGAAUACGAAUACAUCAGUUGUAGGGAUAAUUAUGUAUGCAACAGAAAGGAAAGUAAACUGGUUUCUGAUGAAACACAAACACGUGCCGGAUUUUAAUCAGUGCGAAAAGGAUUCUGAUUGUGUCUUUACAACACAAACACAAAACGGAUUUGUCUUGUUUGACAAUAAAGUAAUUGAGAAAAAUUCGUUUUAUUACACAUGCGCGUAUUCAAAUGCAAGCUCUGUUUCGCGUGAAUUAUUCACAGAAAUGUUCUCCGAGAUUCGUGUUUGUAGUAAUGGCUUCAUUAUUGAUGACACUCCACCGUUUGGUGGACAUGUAACUGUAUUACACUCUGGCGGGUUUAUAACCAGACGCGGGGAACUGAACAUCUACUGGAGUGGUUUCGAUGAUAACGUAGAUACAGCCCAACUUGGUUAUGUGGAUAGAAUAAAAUUCUAUUCUUGUGCAGUCGGAACAAGACCCGGUAGCGAAGACAUUGUACAGUACAUCGAUGUUGGAAACACACAACAUGCGGUUAUAAGAAAUUUUUACUGUUGUAGAUGGAAAUGUUAUAUAUGCUUCAGUCAAAGCAACGGACCAUGCUGGACUUUCACGUGUCGUAUAUUCAAACGAGAUGACUGUCGACAGUUCGCCACCUGUGUCGGGCAAAAAAGUAUAAAUGCAGACUCUGAGUACAUCAGUUCAAAAUUGAUUGAAAUAAGUCUCAUUGGUUUCUCUGACGAUCAAAGCGGUAUAGAAUAUUUUGAAGUCGCAUUUGGGUCAGAUGAAUACUUAGAAGAUGUUCAAACGGGAUCAAAGUAUUUAUCAGACAAUAUCGAAGUAGACUUACCGGAAAACAUGCAUGACGGACAUAAGUAUUUCAUUACAGCAAAGGCCACGAAUAGAGCAGGGUUAUCGUCAACAUCCGUGUCAAUGGUGAUAAUUCCUGAUCGAUCCGCUCCUACAGGGGGAAUCGUUAUUGACGGAGACGGAGACAGGCUGUUCUACAAAGACCAAGAUUUUCAAAAGGAACUAGGAUAUAUUCAAGGUCACUGGAAAGGUUUCAACGACCCACAUAGUGGUGUUAACUUUUAUAGAGUUGGUCUUGGUACCAAACGAUACCAUGAUGAUGUUGAAGGAAUGAUGGACGUCGGUCUUCACACAGAUAUUAUAUGGAAUGGUACAUACGAAGUUGGGAAAAAGUAUUUUCUUACGGUAGAAGCAUGCAAUGGUGCAAAACUGUGUCUGUCAGUCUCGUCAGAUGGUAUUUUACUGGAUAACUCACCUCCUAUACAUGGUAUUGUCAAAGUUGGCACCGGGGUACAGCAUCAAAAAUACGUUCCGACAGGAGAAUCCGUGCAUAUCCGAUGGGUUGGUUAUGAAGACCCACAGUCAGGUAUAGAUCAUUAUGAGUAUUGCCUAGGAACUAAGCCUUUAUUAUGCGAUGCGUUAUCAUUUCAACCUUGCUUACUCGAGUCUAGCAUUAUUAAGACUGGAUUAAAUCUAACACAUGGCGACUCAUAUUAUGCAUCUGUGAAAGCUUUUAACAGAGUUGGAUUGAGCGUUACAACCGUCUCAGAUUCCUUUACAAUUGAUAAUACACCGCCUGUGAUAAUAGAAAACCGACAUUUAAUACCGAUGAUGGCAGGAUUAGAGGCCCAAUGGGAUAGAUCUGUGUUAAAAAUUACCUGGAAAUUUAUUGAUGAUGAAAGUAAAAUUGCCUUUCACAUAAUCACAUUGAAAACUCAUCACGAAGGACAUACACCUGUAGAGCAUAUGCAUUUAGGUAAUGUUGAUUCAUUGACAAUAGGUCUUAAUGAGACCAAUUGGCUUCAUAACGGAGAUAAGUAUUUCGUUCUCAUUACAAGCUGUAACUCUGCUGAACUUUGCACGGCAAGCCAAUCAGAAAAUCUACUUAUAGAUUCUUCUCCACCUCACCAAGGAGGUUUCAAGCCACCAAUGACAUGGCGUCAUUUUAUUGAUGCAUCAAGUCAUGCCAGAUCUAAAAUUAUGAUAACAUGGUAUGGCUUUGUUGAUGCAGAAUCAGCUAUAGAUACGUAUUUCUUAACGGUUAGUCGAAGUUAUAGUGGGGAUGAGCUUUCCGGUGGAACUAUAGCUAGACUUUGUCAAACAAAGGAAUUUCUAAAAACAUGUCCGGUGUGUUUAGAAAUUCAAAAACAUUCGUGCGACAUACACUACUGUAACAAAGAUUGCACAUGCGCAGUUCUUGGCAGCCCGUUUUUUAAUUAUCCAGAGAUAGAUGUCUUUGGUGGACUUAACAGUAACCGUCGGGACAUUACGGAGUCAUCAGCUUGCCUGUCUGCUCAUUGGAUACCACAGGGUGACGAUAGUAUGAUUCAAAGAUACGAGUGGAGCAUGGGUAUCAUGAAUGAACCUGUUGGUGUAGGAAUAUUAGACUUAAAAUCUGAGACACCGUGGAAAGAUGUUGGAAAACAGGUAGAAACAGUUUACUGUGUAUCCACAAGCUCGGGUCUUCAGCAUGACAUUGACUACCAAGUUUAUGUCAGGGCUUGGUAUACUUGGAAUACAUUUGCGGUUUUUGUUUCUCCACCGAUCCGCAUUGACCACACACCGCCCCACCAUGCAAAAGGGAAGAAUAUCAAAGAUUCAGAUGGAACAUGUUUAUUUGAUUUUGAUGUAAUUGACUGGAUGGAUUCAAUGACUGCUUGUUGGGAUAAAGUUUUUUGCCGAUUCACAGGGGGAAAAAUAAUCUAUUAUACAGUUUCAUUGGGAACCACAAUAAACGGGAGCGACAUAUACGAAGUGAAAAAUGUUGGACUUGCAACCAAUAUUACAGUAUCGAAUCUAAAGCUUUCUCAUGGAACCCAUUACUACUUUACCGUCACAGCUUACAAUAGCGUUGGUUUGCAUACAACAUUAUGUUCGGAUGGAUUCCUCAUAGAUAUGGAUACACCAGUUACAGGUGUAGUCUUCAACACAGACAAUCAUUUAGAUUCUGUUUUCCAAUCAUCAAAAACAUCAUUUGGUAUAUCUUGGCACGGCUUUGUUGAUCGUCAGUCUGGCGUUCAGUCCUAUUUUGUUGCAGUUGUUGACAAUUCUGUUACUAAUUACACAAAUGUAACAUUUUUAGAUGUUAAACUGAAAAAUAAGCAUGUCUUUCACGAUAUUGAUCUUCAACACGGAAAGUUAUAUAAGGGCCUUGUAAAGGCUGUAGAUAAGGCAGGACAUUCAACAGAUGCGGUAUCUUCAAAACCAAAAUUAAUUGAUGAAACGGCGCCAAGAUCAUUCGAAUGUGACCAAUAUCAAAACCAAAGAAUUUUACUACAUGAGAAAAUACCAUCUACAAACGGUACAAUAUCGUUCAGCAGAAAUAUGAGCAGCAAUAGAAAUUACAUUUUGAAAGGAAUUCUCACAGGUUCUUCAAGAUCAAUUAAACCAAUAUUAUCAUUUGGUAGAAACUCUCAUUAAGUUGCCAGUAACUAUAAAUAACAAUAACACGGUUGAAUUCCAACAUGACUUUAUAUCAAAUUAUUUUGGGAUUGUUCUAUUUGAAAUAUCUGGACUUGAAGCCUUGUCAUCGGAAACCAACUUCUCGAUUGAUAUUAAAUUGUCCAAGUGUAUCUUAGAUAAAAGGGGGAACGGUAAAGGCUUAACAGUCAGGCAAAUUGGUUCAUCAAAAUUAUUGGUGGACAUAAAGAUUGUAGAUGAAGACAGUUCACUUUACAAGGUUCAGUUAGGACUCGGAACCUCUCCAGGUGGAUUUCAGAUAAAACCAUUAACAGUGGUACAUGUGGAUUCAAGCAGAUAUAUUGACGUGGACGUUCAAAAUGGCGCUAACAUAUAUGGUACUGUACUGGCAGAAAACCAUGCUGGAUUAAAAUCAGUUUUUAAGUCAGCACCGAUAACAAUGGAUAAAACACCGCCUUUGAUAUCACAAAUCCAACAUAAAUUGACAGCUAAUUCUCUUAAAGUCAGUCAAUCAAAUACAACGUUUCGACUUCAAGUAAAAUGGGAUGUCACAGACAAAGAAAGUGGUGUGAAAUAC